AUGGAUAUUACUGACAGGAAUGAACUGAAGACAUUUUUUGAAACCAACUGCUCACAGAUUUAUUUUAUCUUCUAUGAAAAUUUCAUCACACUGGAAAGUAACUUAAAGCAAAAAGGGAACAAAUCUCAACGGGAGGAGCUGGACUCCAUCCUCUUUAUUUUUGAAAAAAUUCUGCAACUUCUACCUGAGAAAAUCAACAGUCGAUGGCAGUUUCACAGUAUAGGUUCUAUACUCAAAAAACUUUUGCACACUGGAAACUCUUUCAAGAUCCGCUGUGAGGGCAUGCGUCUGUUCCUGCUCUGGCUGCAGGCUCUGCAGAGUAACUGUGCCGAAGAACAGCUCCUCAUCUUCGCCUGUCUGAUCCCAGGAUUCCCUGCUGUACCCUCAUCCAGAGGACCCUGCACACUGGACACCAUCAUAUACAACCCCUUUUCCAACCCACCCGAUGCAUUGGUGUUCCUGACAAACUCUGCCAACGUGUUCCUGUUGGAGCCGUGUCAGGAUGUGCCCAAGCUGUUGGAGAACCAGCUAGAUGUGUGCCGAGCUGUGCUCAGCGUCUACCGUCACAUUAUUAUGGAGCAAAACAUGAACCGCCCGACCUGGGAGCAGUUGCUGCAGGUGUUGCUGAGGAUCACAGAAGCAGUGAUGAAGAGACCACAGGAGAACCAAAGAAAAGACACAUUCGCCCACAACCUGGCCAGCAUCCUCUUCAAAACGAUCUUCGUGGCGUGGGUGCGGUCUAACCUGACCGUCUUUAUCUCUCGUGAGCUGUGGGACGAGCUGCUGGUUGUGCUGUCCUCUCUCAGUCACUGGGAGGAGCUGGUGUUCGAGUGGGCCAGCAUCAUGGACUCUCUCACCGCAGUACUGGCCCGUCACGUCUACAGCCUGGACCUCCACAACCUACCGCUGGACAAGCUCUCAGAGCAGAAGGAAAAGAAGCAGCGGGGCAGGGGAGUGAUGCAGGACUCCCAGAAGGCUACAGAUGUACCGCGGUCGUUCUCCUUGAGCUGGAGGAGCUCUGGAGACCAGGUGGGCUCUCAGGAGCCCAUGAGGUUCCGCAGUGCCACCACCACUGGAGCUCCCGCUGUGGAGAAAGCUCGCAACAACGUCAGGCAGAAAGCAUCAGCUAAGCGAAGUCAGUCUAUCAGCAACUGUGUGCAUCUUUGUGAGGCUUUGCCGGCCACUAAGAGUGUGCCCAUGCUGCUCCACACUGUCAGCUCUUUCUUACCUGGUAUCUCUCACAGACUCUCAGAUGUGGAGGAGUGUCAGCUGUCUGAAUGUGAGAUGGGGGAUGGAGACAGUCCUCUGCCCCGCAGCAGUAGCACCUCUGACAUCACACAGCAGAUCACCGACACCUUCCCAGGUCAGAAGAGAGAUGAGUCUGUGUCAGAGAGCAGCUCUACAGGGAAAAGAGAGAGCGAUGCACCCACGAUUCUGAUCCGGCGGAGCAGCAGUCCAGCGGAUCUGGAUUAUCCAGCAGACGGAGCUCCAGCAUUCCUGAAGAUUAAACUACGGGAGAAAAGUGAGAGUGUGAGCAGUGAGACGUCUAAUGGUUAUCUGAACGAUGCUGAGGCGGGUCUGCUGGCGUGGCACGCGGUCGAGGAGGAGCCGGACUCUCCCUCUACACAUGACAUGAGCAUGAGCGCUACCAUGGAUACAGUGAGCCAGAGGAGCCUCCUGCUCAGCCACACUGAAGCACUGGCAGGGUCAGAUUGUGCCGCCCCUCCUCACUGUCCCCCAGUGUCUCCGGCUCUCCUCGUGCCUCAUGGCUGCUGCGAGGGCCCUCAGCUCCUGGAGGAUGCCAUGAAUGUGCCUCACCAUCUGGACAGCAGUGAGUUUCUGGCUGAUGACAUCAGCAUCAUCGCCGGCGGCAGUUUGACCGGUUGGCACGCCGACUCGGCCUUCGUUCUCUGGAGGAGGAUCUUGGGGAUUCUGGGUGAUGUGAACAGCAUCCGCUGUGCCCGCAUCCACGCCAAGGUCUUCAGUUACCUCUACGAGCUCUGGCACAAGCUGGCCAAGAUCAGAGAUAAUCUUGGGAUCCGAGUGGAUGCAGACACAGCCGUGGCCAGACCCUUGUUCAUCCCUCCUCUGCGCAUGCUGGCCUCCUGGCUUUUCAAGGCUACCAUGCUGCCGUCAGAGUUCAAGGCUGGGAAGCUCCAGGCGUAUAAGCUGAUCUGUGAGAUGAUGACCAAACAUCAGGACGUGCUGCCCAACAGUGACUUCCUGGUGCACCUCUACCACGUCAUGCAUAAAGGCUUCACCAGCGAAGACCAGGACUACCUUGUGAACAUCCUUUUGAAGACGGCACGCAAUGAGACAUGUGAAGGAGCCAGGUGUGUAGCGAUCUGCAGUCUGGGGCUGUGGGUGUGUGAGGAGCUGAGACAGACAGAAACUCACCAUCAGGUCAAAGAUGCCAUUAACGUCCUGGGCGUCACGUUGAAGUUUGGAAAUAAGGUGGUGGCCAAUGUGGCCUGUGACAUCUUUCAGCUGCUGAUUUCUCACUGGCAGCACUUACAGAGACUGGAUCCGUCCCUUCCCAAAAGAAUUAUAGAGAUUUUUGUAGCAACCAUAGCAUUUCUUCUGCCCAGUGCUGAACACUCAACAGUUGAGGCAGAUAAAAAGUUAAUGGUGUCUCUACUGCUGUGCCUGCUGGACUGGUGCAUGGCCGUACCUCUCUCCAUCCUGCUGGAGCCCAUCACUAUGCCUGUGCUGGACGACCCAGCCUCGCAGAAAGCCCCUCUACUCGACUACAUUUACAGGGUGCUGCACACUUGUGUAUCAGGGUCUAAUCUGCACACUCAACAGAGUCACUACCUCCUCAGCCUUGCUGAUCUGUCGACAGACUAUGAACCCUUCCUUACUUUAGGCAAUGUCAAGAGCUUUGAACCAUCGCCCAUACACAAUGUCAUGGGAGACUUCGGAAAUCUCCUCACUGUGGCUGAAGAAAAGAAAAGGAGAAGCCUGGAGCUGAUUCCUCUGACCGCUCGGAUGCUAAUGACACACCUGGUCAAUCAUUUGGGCCACCAUCCUCUCAGUGGCGGCCCUGCCCUCUUAAACAGCCUGAUCAGCGAGAACCACGACAACCCCUACGUAGAGUCUUCUGAGCUCUCCUCUGAAGUCUUCAAAAGCCCCAAUCUACAGCUCUUUGUCUUCAAUGACAGCACACUAGUCUCAUACCUACAGAUCCCUUUUGACAGUUCCAGCACGGCCCAAGUAAGUGCCAACCCGAGGGAUCAUUCCUCUGAGGUCCGCGUCAUCGUCAGGGACAUCUCGGGAAAGUACUCGUGGGACGGCGGUGUUCUGUUCCGCACUUUGGACGGAACUGGCUUGAGUUUGGGUGGCAACAGAGAUCAGUUGUCACACGACGCCACUCACUCUGUCCGCUUCAGUAAAUGCUCCUCUGAGCUGGAAGUGGAAGAUGGCGUGGAUGUGUUGGACCAGCUACUGGAAGACCUUGGCCACAGCAGCCCCGAGUGCCUGCCGCAGCCCCAGCUGAGGCUCACCCAGCCGCCCUCUCCACCCAUCGGCAUGAACCCUGAGAUGGAAGGGCUCAUCAUGGAUGCCAUCCACAGACAGGCCAAGCAGGAGGACGAGGAGCUGGCCAGACGACAGACUGAAGACCCCAGCAUCAGAGCAGAGAGACAGAGAGAGCCCACGCAGCACGAGCCCAAAUCUCCUUUUUUCCUCUGCAGACUUCUCCUCAAUGACCUCGGCAUGAACUCAUGGGAUCGCAGAAAAAGCUUUCAUCUUCUAAAGAAGAACUCCAAGCUCUUGAGAGAGCUGAAGAAUUUGGACUCAGGGCAAUGUCGAGAGACGCACAAGAUUGCCGUGUUCUACAUUGGAGAAGGCCAGGAGGACAAAUGCUCCAUUCUGUCCAACACUGAGGGCAGUCAGGCUUACGAGGACUUUGUCUCUGGGCUGGGAUGGGAGGUGAAUCUGGCCACUCACUGUGGGUUUAUGGGUGGUUUGCAGAGAAACGGCAGCACAGGAAGCACAGCACCAUAUUACGCUACCUCCAACGUGGAGGCCAUCUUCCAUGUGUCGACUCGCAUGCCUUCUGACUCAGAUGACUCCAUCACAAAAAAGCUUCGUCACUUGGGAAACGAUGAAGUGCACAUCGUGUGGUCGGAGCACACGCGGGAUUACAGACGAGGAAUCAUUCCCACCGACUUUGGAGAUGUCCUCAUCAUUAUCUACCCAAUAAAAAACCACAUGUUCUUUGUUCAGAUCAUGAAAAAACCCCAGGUUCCUUUCUUUGGGCCUCUGUUCGAUGGGGCGAUAGUGACUGGAACGCUGUUGCCGAGUCUGGUGCGGGCCACGUGCAUCAAUGCCAGCAGGGCUGUGAAGUCUCGACUGCUGCUUUACCAGAGUUUUUAUGAGGAGAGGGCUCUCUACCUGGAGGCCAUCAUUCAGAACCACAAGGAGAACAUGACCUUUGAGGACUUUGCUGCCCAGGUCUUCUCGCCUUCCCCCAGCUACUGGCCAACGGGAGGUGCAGGUUCCCUCAGCUGCAGCACGAGCGCUGACCUCAGUGUUACUGUGACGACCAUCGAGUCCGGCGACCAGGUCUCGCCCACUAUACCGCGCGCCUCUAAGAACCGGGUUUCCGGAAAGCUCCGCCGCUCGGCCAGCGCCAUCAGCAAGUCCUCUAACUGAACACUUCCACCAGCCGUCAGACUGCAUUGUGGAUGAAUGUAUCAUUUGACUCUAAUGCUUUCCACCUGUUGUUGUUUUUUCCUUUUUGAAGCCGAGUCGCAGUGAAAGAUGCAACUGUUGUCGCAAAAUGAUGACGCUUCACCUGUCGUGAAGAAAGAGAAACUGCAAUUAUGCUGAAGUAAAUCUUCAAAUGUGAAAUUCAUUGCUAUUUUCGAAAUAAUGCUGCAUUUGGAAUGGAUUUACGGAUCCCAAAAAUGUCCUUACGACCGAGUCGCAAAUGAAUAAUACGAAACAUUUCAAAAACCCUGAGGCUUUAGCUAGUUUUUAAUACUCUCAUUGUCCAGUACUUUGAGCUUUUCUUCAUGUCAAACACUGAAAACCCAAUCACUGAUGCAUAUGGGAGAGACUUUUGUUGUUGUCGUUGUCCCGUCCCAGCACUGAGACGCUCUGAAAGAAUACUGACACUUUUGAAUCAUCAAAAAAAAGAGAGAGUCUGCUUUUAAUGCUUUCAGAACGUAAUCAGUGCAACCGACUGCAAUGAAAUCACGAUCUCUUUUGAUAUUAUGAUUUUCUUUUAAGUGACUCGUUUGAUUAUUUUACGGAACUGAUUUAUGCAACAUGCUGAAUUGAAAAGGCUCCCGUUGUUUGUAAAUCUGUGGAGGUGUAGCACAAAUGUGAGCUUCUUAAUUUGGGAAUUGAACGUCUCCCAUUCCCGUCAUGUAAAUCUACUCCAGCAUUCCGAUGUUUUUGCACUCGCUCAGUGGUGGUCGAUGUUAGUUCCGUUCUUCCCUCUGUAUUUGGAUGUACAUUGCUUUUAUUUUGAUUUGAUUUGAUAAUAUAUAUAUUUGUUUCAUGUUGUGUGUGUGUAUAGAUAUAUAUAUAUAGAGAGAGAGAGGGAGAGAGAGAAAUAUCUGCCAUCGUACUAUUCCUGACUAAACGGAGGAAAGGCCUCCAGAGCCUCAGGUGAAGCUGAUGCUUGCACUGGCUGUUUAUGAAGGGAGCUGUUCACAGUGCCUGUGUAAUACCUGUCCGGAUUUUCUGAGUUUUUGCUGUUUUCUUUGUGGUUUCUGCCAUCGUUUAAUUGAUCCUGCACACUUCCUACAUGGAGAGCAACGAGUUGUACAUUUCACUGGAGUAAAUUGAAUGAGAUUGUCUGCAUUUUGUGAAAGCUGCUUUUGUCUGAUUAGAUGCUGGAUGGGGGGGUUCUUUUCCAGCUGCUUCCCCGAUUCCCGAGUGCCCUUUACUGUACCAGCAGCAUGCCAGCGCUUCUCUCUCUCUCUCUCUCUCUCUCUCGUGCCGCCCCUCUCUGUUCCCGUAGAGACCCGGCCUGGUUGCCAUGGAGGCCAGGUGUUACACACGCUGCAGGCUCCACGCAGGCUGCAACAGGACACAUGUUGCACUACUUUGCCUUACCUGUACACUUGUCUUUGUUUCGCUUCGCCUGAUACUUUUUCUCUCUUCCAAAUGCUAAGUACCAUGCUCUGAAUGAAAAACGCUGACGAAUGUAUGCAAACCGACCUGAAAUCUCAACUGAGAACCUGCAGAUUUGAAAUGGGCUUUGGGUUGAAAAUACUGCAGCUGGCCUAACUUCUGUUUGAUUAUGAUAUGUUCGUUGUAGACUUUGUUGUUAGCCUUGUAUAUUGUCUCUUCUUUUUUUUUCUUUGAAUGUUCUAAAUUCUGAAGGGUAUAAAUAUAUUAAUGCCUGUAAUAUAAUCUUUAUAUAAGACAUUGAAGAUAAGGAAGCUUGAAGAUUUUGUCAUGACUUGUUAACAUAUCAGACUGUUUUUAAUAGAAGUAAUCACUUUAUCUUUACUAGAAAUGUGAAGAAAUC